ACACACACACACACACACACUUCCCAGCCCCCGGCAGCCGGUGCACCCAGCCGGCCUCCCCCACCACCCGGGUCCUUCGCCGAGAGAAGCCAGCACAGAGGUCAUUGAUGCACCCAUUCCAGUGGUGUAACGGGUGUUUUUGCGGCCUAGGACUGGUCAGUACCAAUAAGUCCUGUUCAAUGCCGCCUAUCAGUUUCCAGGACCUUCCCCUCAACAUCUACAUGGUCAUCUUUGGCACAGGCAUCUUUGUCUUCAUGCUCAGUCUCAUCUUCUGCUGUUACUUUAUCAGCAAACUCCGGAACCAGGCACAGUGUGAACGAUAUGGAUAUAAAGAGGUGGUGCUUAAAGGUGAUGCCAAGAAGUCUCAGUUAUAUGGGCAGACUUGUGCUGUCUGUCUGGAAGACUUUAAGGGCAAGGACGAGCUAGGAGUGCUCCCAUGCCAACAUACCUUUCACCGGAAGUGUCUAGUGAAGUGGCUAGAAGUACGCUGUGUCUGCCCUAUGUGCAACAAGCCCAUUGCUGGCCCUUCCGAGGCUACCCAGAGCAUCGGAAUCCUAUUGGAUGAACUGGUGUGAGCACUGCCUUUGUUCACCGUGGCCCAGAGAAAACCUGGACUCACAGUUUCAACAAAUAUCAAAGCAGUUGAGCUGAGAUGAUCGCGAUCACCUGGGGGAGAGGUAGUGCCUCCCAUCAGGGUGAGAUCAGACUUGCCCCACCCUCCUGCCUCCUGAAGCCAUCUCCCCUACUACUCAGUAAUGAUGGUGUCAGUCACCAAGACCACUGCAACUUGGUACUGGACUAUAGAUUUACCUAGUCUCUGCUCUAGGGAAGGAAAACCACCUUGAACAUGGGGCCACCCUCUUGACGGUUUCCUGGGGAGAACAAGCUGCCCUAACUUAGAAGAGUUCUGGCCCAUCCAUAUUCUUCCCUCCCCUCUCCCUACUCCUUUUGUGGAAUGGUUAGAAGGGAAUGAAGGAAAAACAAAAAAACAAAAAACAAGGAACCAAGUGCCUCUAGUAGAAGUAAGGAAGACUCUGUAGGAAAUCAGGAAGAGCAAGGACACACAAAUGGAAAGUGAAUGUUUACAUGAGACCUAUGGCAACAAAGGCUGGCUGGCCAGCCUGCUGAUGACAUGGGGAUGGAAGGCAAACCCCUUCUUGCCAGGACCUAAGGUGCUAUCCAUUCGUUCUCUUCCUCAAUUUACCUCAGAGCUUCCUAUUCCAUGUUGGGGUUGCAAUAGCCCUUUCCUCUAACACUCUAGACACUUAAAUAGAUUUCCUGUGAUUUAUUCUAAAGGAGCAAAAGGGGUUUGGGUAUGGAGGUGUCUAAAAUUUAUCAUAACAGAUACCUUCUUCCCAUUUGUACAUAGUAUUUUUAUAUUUCAUCCUCACCAUCUCAGGCUUUGUACAUGGAAUCCCCCAGAUGGAGGGGGUAGGGGUUUUCUAUUUCUCUCUGGAGCAUGUGAGGGUUGGGGGGAAAGUAUGUAUUUAAAGAAAAUUAAAUUUAAUAAAAAGUUUCUCUAACCUG